GAGAGCUCUAGCUAUUGACCAACGACCGAUUCACCGGAAUCAAACAAACUACGAACAUACAAACAUCAUCCACUCAAUCCCACAAUAUGUCCAAGUCAACCAUCAACCAAAACCCCUACCCGUGGACCUUCCAAGCCAACCAGCCCACCACGGGCAUAAACACAGGAACAUCGCAAGACCUCGCGAUGACGAUUCCCCAAGUCCGGGGCUCCAUUCCAUCAUUCCAGGCAUCGCGGCUACGGUCCAUGAUGCAAGAGGCACAUGCGGACCCGGCGAAGAUUGUGGCCCACGUUUGCAGCUACGAUGCACUGAGCUCGCGACUCUGUCAGGAAGCUGGGUUUCCUAUGGUCUUUCUAUCGGGAUACGCUAUGUCUUCGGCGUUCGGGCUGCCGGAUACCGGGUACAUUGCGUUCCAGGAGGUGGCCGCGAAGAUCCAAGAGGUUGUGCGCGAGACGUCGGUGCCGGUCAUGGUAGAUGGGGAUACGGGGUAUGGGAGUCCGAUGAAUGUGCGGAGGACGGUUCAGGGGUUUGCCCUAGCUGGAGCCGCAGGAGUGAUGAUCGAGGACCAAACCUGGCCGAAGCGCUGCGGGCACACCAAGGGCAAAAACGUCGUUUCUCGCGACGAAGCCUACGCCCGCUGGCAAGCCGCCGUGGACGCCCGCAACGAAGGGACAGAUAUCUGGAUCCUUGCCCGCACUGAUAGCUACAUGCACGGCUACGAGGAGGCGCUCACUCGCGCCCGCAAGGCCAUUGAGAUCGGCGUCGACGCGGUCUUCGUCGAGGCCCUGCCCGACCGGGCCGCCAUGGCGCAGAUGCGUUCCGAUCUGGACUUCCCCAUGCUUGCGAAUAUCAUCGAGGGCGGGAAAACCGAGAACCUCUCCGCCAAGGAACUGGGAGAGCUGGGGUUUGCGGCCGUUGCGUACCCCUGGACGUUGGUGGCGGCGAAGCUGAAGAGCAUCCGGGAGGCUUUGGAGGGGGUGAAGGGAUCUUUGUUGACGGGGAAGCCGCCAAUGAUCCUGCCCUAUGAUGAAGUCUGCGAGGGUGUGGGAUUUAACAGGUAUUAUGAGUUGGAGGAGAGGUAUCAGUACGAAGGGUCUGUGACAGGGACGAAGGGAUAUCAGUUUGAGUAAACUGUCCGCACGAGGGGAGCCUAAGCAUCUGCAUGGAAUCUUGGGUGAUGAUAGAAAUAUCUCAUGCUUAACGUUGCCUUCCAUCUCAUGCUUAACGUUGCCUUCCGAAUCGUGUUUGAAUGACCUGGAACUGUCAUUCUCUCUGGAAAAAGCCGCUUGAAAGACAUUCGCGUUCGGUGCUUUGCAGGCUCUGGCUCAGACUCUAUCCUGUGAUGGGAGGUCCUUCGCUUUAGCCAUCUGCCAAGAGUCUCUGAGGAACAAAACGUAUCCGGGUGAUCAGGGCCCAGAUGUUUGAUCCGAAGGUUGACGCAUUUUACCAUCAACCUCAGCGCGUUGUCAACUUUCCCUAGAGAAUCCCAGGUACAGGCAACUUGGUACAUGCUAGUCAAAGUGCUGGGAUGCUCUGGCCCAAGAACCUGCUCGCAGGUCUUCAUCACCCGUAAUUGCAACUCUUCUGCUUUCUUCUGUCGUCCCUGAUUCACAUAUGUUGAUGCUAG